AUGCCUAACUCAAGCGAGCAGUCACAUUUUGGUGGUUCGGUGGGCCAGAGCGUUCCUGCGUGGGGAGAGGGCCAGAACGACAGGGCUGCGGGUCGCUGUCACUACUGUGGUAAUACCGGGCGUAGGAAUUCUUUACCUCUGGAUGUUAAAGACUGUAAAGUUAGCUUUAACCAUUAUCUAGAUCUUUCUGAGAAACGGGGUCCAGUCAUUCAGCCUUCUUUUUACAGACAGGACAAGCAUGGACAGCAACUACUGAGGAACAACUCUGUCCCUGAUCUGAACAGCAACCUCUACCUCAGGCGAGCGAUGGCAGCCCGGGCUUCAGCACCAACUCAGGAUUACUACUUGGCUGAUGCUACCUUAUCUGGUCAGCCACCUGAAGAUUCUGGGCUUUACAGGGAUAACCAGCACUUGCUCACCAGAUCAGCUUCGCAUUAUGGGCCCAGCGCUGGGGGGGUGAGGCCUACAUGGGAUCAAGGACAAGGAAGAGCCACACCUUCUCUACUGGCCUCUGGUGCUACGUCUGCAGCUAUGCCUCCUCCCCCUCUGCCUCCACCUCCUCCCCCUCCUCAUCAUGAGCUGAGCCGUUUGUACAGGGAAACUCUGGGAUCUAAGAUGAUCUCAGAUGUCCAGCGUAUUGGUGGCAACUCUUCUACCCCUGCUAUCUACGGGAUUCAACAAGCUCUUCCAAUUUACGCUGCUGAGCCACCGACUUUUUCUGCCCGUGAACUUUACAAUAGCAUCAACAGCUUCUCCUUGGAACCUUGCCCACCAGCUGGCAUCAGUUCAGUGGUGGAUCCAGCAUCUCAGCGAAUGGACGGAGCUUUCCCACGGGGUUAUGGAGCUGUAUCCUCCCAGCGGUUGGCUUAUGACCCAAACUAUGACCCCACCUCAGCCAUGGUGGCUGCCACAGCUGGAAUGACUUCUACUCUGCCCCCCAUCCAUCCCAGUGCUACAGACCCCAAAAGGAUGGUUGACCCUGCCUUUUUGGCUUAUCUGCGAGCUGAAGGUUUGGCUGAGAGCACCAUUACUCUCCUCCUACAGCAUGGCUUUGAUUCCAUGGCAACAUUGGGGAUGAUGGAGGACCAUGAUAUCAGGUCUGUGGCACCAAACUUGGCCCAAGCUCGUGCUCUGUCCCGUGUGGUGUUUGGAUGCAAAACAGGAGGGGCAGCAACACGUACCAGAUCCAACAGCUUCAGCCAUCGGAAUGACCUCUACAUUCAGCCACAGGGUUUGACAAUGGACCCCAACUUGAUGCAACAACCUCUCAACACCAUCCAGACUGUGUCCCCUAGAAUGGGAGAGUUUCUUGGCAGAAGACCAAGUAGUGCACCAUCUCAGCAUCUUCUAGAGACUACCACCUUCCCAGGAACACGUCCACUGGCAGCUGGAACUUAUCCAGUCAGCCCUGGAGGAUAUAACAAUGUAUCAACCCAGGGAAGGCCUCUCUCCAUGUAUAAUCCCCACACUGGUCUCGCUAUGUCUGCUCUUGGACAUCAGCCUCCACCAGCCCCUGGUACCCCUGGAGCAGCACCCAAAACCUUCUCUGGCUCCUACUCUCCCAUGGAGCUGAUGAAGAGAGCCCCGAAUCUUCCCCCAGUGUCUCCUAUAGGAGCAGCAAGUCCCCUCCACAGCCCACAGCUUCUCCGGAAAGGAAUUGGUGGUGCUCCUGAGACUACCAUUGUUCCUGUCACCAAUUCCACCACUCUGCAAGGGCAAAACCUUGCCAACAACAAGAUGGUGGGACGCCGCACUGGUCCACCCGUUAUAGUCUCGACCAUGACUACCUCGCCUGAGACAAGUGCUAAACGAGGCAGUGGGAGCCAUGAUGUACCACACCAUCACCCUGACCAGAGAGGACCUGGAGAAGUUCAAGGCGCUGCGCAUCAUCAUCCGCAUCGGCAGCGGAUACGACAACAUCGACAUCAAGGCGGCCGGGGAGCUCGGCAUCGCCGUGUGCAACAUUCCCUCCGCAGCUGUGGAGGAGACGGCCGACUCCACCAUCUGCCACAUCCUCAACCUUUACAGGCGGAACACCUGGCUGUACCAGGCUCUCCGGGAGGGCACGCGGGUCCAGAGCGUGGAGCAGAUCCGCGAGGUGGCCUCAGGUGCCGCGCGCAUCCGUGGAGAAACCCUCGGCCUCAUCGGUUUUGGUCGUUCGGGCCAGGCGGUGGCCGUUCGGGCCAAGGUCUUCGGCUUCAACGUCAUCUUCUACGACCCGUACCUGCAGGACGGGCUGGAGCGCUCGCUGGGUGUCCAGCGCGUCUACACCCUGCAGGACCUCCUGUACCAGAGCGACUGCGUCUCCCUGCACUGCAACCUGAACGAGCACAACCACCACCUCAUCAACGACUUCACCAUCAAACAGAUGCGUCAGGGCGCCUUCCUGGUCAACACCGCGCGAGGAGGCCUGGUGGACGAGAAAGCUCUGGCCCAGGCGCUGAAGGAGGGCAGGAUACGUGGAGCCGCCCUGGACGUCCACGAGACCGAGCCCUUCACUUUUGCUCAGGGCCCACUGAAGGAUGCCCCGAACCUGAUCUGCACGCCGCACACAGCCUGGUACAGCGAGCAGGCCUCUCUGGAGAUGAGGGAGGCGGCCGCCACCGAGAUCCGAAGAGCCAUCACCGGACGCAUCCCUGACAGCCUACGAAACUGCGUCAAUAAGGAGUUCUUUGUCACCACGGCGUCGUGGGGAGUCAUGGACCAACCAGGCGUUCACCCUGAGCUCAACGGCGCCACCUACAGAUACCCGCCGAGUGUGGUCGGAGUGGCUCCGGGUGGCAUCCCGGGGGCGUUGGAGGGCAUGGUGCCUGGUGGGGUCCCCAUCGCCCACACCCUGCCCUCUGGUACACACCCCUCCCAGGCCCCGUCGCCCAACCAGCCCUCCAAACACGGCGAGACCAGAGAGCACCUCACCGAGCAAUAGCAGCAGCAGGACCACAGACAUCUCCAUCCGGACCGACCGACCAACUGGGACCAAGAGACAGUGACACAACACAGAGCCUGCUCAGUCAGCCGGGAAAACGGGAACAGAGGCGGCGUUCUGGUGGGGGG